CACGUUGUCUACUCUGCCGUAUAACCAGCAACACAUGUGUAGCUGCACAAAUUCAGCAGCCCAGCUUAUCUAUUAUUCCAGUUGCUCAUGUCUCGUUGCACAUACCCAAUGUGCCAAGUUGUCUUACCUAGAUUUGUCUGCUCAAGCACAAAUCCAUAGUCACAUACACAGCUGAGCAUACCCGGUGCCACAUACCCAGUGGUACGCAUACUCAGCUGCCCAAGUUUGCGUUAAAUACAUUGCAGAUACACGUACUACGGACAUAACGAAAUGCACCUGAAGUUUCCAAUGAGUGAUAUCGCAUAAAAAAAUAAAUAAACGUAUAUUUGUAUUUUCUUUACCAGUGCGGACUACAGUCACUCAAGAGAAACAUACAAAUUUGAGCAACGUUCUAUGCUGCAAUUUGUCGCUCACUCUAAAAACCCCGCUAAAUGCUUGUCAAGUCAAGUGGAAGAAACAUUGCUGCUAUUUUGGGACUUUCAGAGUUGAACGACCUCUCAUACAGAUAGGAAACGCUCGGUAGGGUCAGAGCCGCCGGCACUCGCUACACAACCUUUCUGCACCAACGAACUGCUAAUACAGUGGCCAGCUGCGUCGCUUUCGUGUUGCUCCGUGCGGAAGAAGAAGAGGGGAAUAAUUUCAUAGCACGAACAAAAUUUAAGUACAGGUUUUACAGAGCACGCAAGCACCGGUGGCUCCACUAUAUCCUGAGGCUAUAUCACAAUCGCCAAGGCUGGAGUAAAAACUGAGCAACCUGUGACUACACCUGCUUCACGGACCACUUUCUUGCUUAAAGCCUUCUGUUACAGGCUAUCAUCUGCCAGACCACCAUCUGCAACGAUGAGGUACAUCAAGACCGUGCAAGGCGUCCCUGUCACGUACUUCUUCCCGGAAGACGCCGUUCUUGCGGCUAUGUCUUACGAGCCGCGUGCAGGUGACAUUUUUGUCACCACAUAUCCAAAGUGUGGAACAACUUGGGUUCAGUACAUAGCGUACGGCAUCUUUUACGAUUGUGCGCCACCGACAGAACUUUCGCAGUUCUUUGCUGCGUCACCUUUUCUAGAGCUUUUCGGUGUCGAUGCUGUGGAGAAUAUGUCUAAGCCGGGCACCAUCAAGACUCACCUUCCUUUUGAAGAGAAAAGAUUUUCACCUCACUCUAAGUACAUAUACGUCGCCAGAAACCCUUACGACGUUUGCGUCUCUGCCUACCAUCACUUGCAAACACAGACGGCCGCCGAGGAUGAGCAUGUCGUCCCCUUCGACGAGCACAUCAAGCGUUUUGUAUCCGGCAGGAACAGCUACGGAUGCUACUUAAAAGGCAGCCUCAUUCCAUGGUAUACUCGAAGGCACGAGAGCAACGUUCUCUUCCUCACGUACGAAGAGCUACAUGAUGACAUCAAGAUGCAGGUGAAGAAGAUUGCCGAGUUCUUAGGUCCCGAGUACGGUCGGCGCGUGUCCAGAGACCCAUCUAUGCUGCAACGCGUGGUCGAAAUGACAUCGAAGGAGAGCAUGCGCCCACUCUUCAAAAACUUUCUUAUGGCCAACAUCGAGCUCGCAGCACAAUACCAGAAACAGAAAAACGCGCUCGUUCCCCAAGAGCUGGAGGACACGCUGAAAUUCCUGCAAAACCGUCCACUUAGACACGAGUUUGUGCGUCAAGGUUCUGUCGGGGGCUACAAAAGCUUCCUUUCUGAGAAUCACAGAAGGACAUUAGAAGAGUGGAUUUCGGCAAGCACGCACGGAAGUGACGUCAUGUGUCUUUGGCCCAACGUCGCUCUUCCGUAAAACGCUAAGGGCUUUCCUAUUAGAACAGUAGUUUUGUAAAAAAACAGUGUUGUUUUCUUGUUUUAGGGCGCUCAAUGUACGUUAUUGGACACAGCAUUCUGAUACCAGUAGGCGUACGCACUUCGGAUCAUUUCUUACCCCUUUUGCAACGAGCGAAGGUUCUACCCGCUCAUAAAAUUAAAAAAGCAUUUGCAGAAACAGCCGUAUCGG